AUGGCCAAAUUACCACCAAUAACUACAAGAAUUUUACAAAUCACUUGUGCAAUAAUAUGGUGUUUAGUUGCAGCUGGUCCAGUAUUCGGUUACGCCGCAUUAAAACCUAUAUUAAUAUCACAAGGUGUAUAUGAAAACGAAUGUACAGGUUCAAAGUCAAUAAAUACCAAAUGUGUCGAACAAGAUUUAUCAUUAAAUAUGUUAUUUACGGUUGCAUGCUCAGUCACUAAUAUAAGUGCAUUACCUGUGGGGUCAAUAUUAGAUGCUUAUGGACCUAAAAUUAGUGGAAUCAUAGGUGCUAUAAUCUUAACUUUAGGUUCUUUAAGUUUAAAAUAUGCAUCAAAUAUGGAGUAUCUUGAUGGUUAUUUAAUUGGUUAUACCUUGUUGGCAUUAGGAGGGCCAUUUACUUUUAUAAGUACUUUCCAACUAGCGAAUAGCUUCCCCAGAAAUUCAGGAUUAAUAUUAGCUUUAUUAACUGGAGCUUUUGAUUCAUCAUCUGCAUUAUUUUUAUUUUACAGAAUUUAUUAUUUCAGUGUCAACAAAAUUUCCAUAAGUUCAUUUUUCACUGGUUAUCUUAUAGUCCCAUUUUUUAUCUUUUUAUGUCAAUUAACAAUUAUGCCAAGUAGCUCAUAUAAGACUGUUGGCACAUUAGCAAAGAUUGCAGAAACUGGAAUUGAUGAGACAGGUAAACCGUUAGGACUCAGUAACGAAAGUGGAGAUGCUGAAGGUGGGGAUGAACAUUAUCAACCAACUAUUACUGAAACUACUGCUUUGUUGAUGAGAAGGCCAUCUACCAACAGAAGAGAAUCUACUAUUUCGAGAGCAUCUUUCAGUUCAAUGAAAUCAUCUUAUGAGCAAGAGGCAGAUACAAAAUUGAUCAACUCAAGUGGUGGUGUAUUUGGUGUAUUACACGGUUACACUAUCUCGGAGCAAUUGAAAUCGCCUUGGUUUUUAUUAAUGGUCACAUUUACAACAAUACAAAUGUUACGUAUUAAUUUUUUUGUUGCAACUAUUAAAUCACAAGAAGUUUAUUUAUACAAAAGUGAAGAAUUAGCAACAACCAUAAAUCAUUUUUUCGACUUAGCAUUACCAUUGGGUGGUAUAAUUUCAAUCCCAUUUAUUGGUUUGAUUUUAGACAAUUUGACUACAUUGACUGUGUUAUACAUUCUUACAGGAUUAUCAUUAUUUAUUGGAAUAAUGGGAUUAGUUUCAUGGUUGCCUGGAACUUAUGCAGGAAUAAUUGUUUUGGUUAUGUAUAGGCCAUUUUAUUAUACUGCAGUCUCAGAUUUUUGUGCAAAAGUAUUUGGGUAUGAUAAUUUUGGUACAAUCUAUGGUACGAUAAUAGCCUUUAGUGGUAUAUGUAAUAUUUUGCAACAAGCAAUGGAUAAGUUAACUCAAGAAUAUUUUAGUGGAAACCCUACCCCUGUUAAUUCGCUAUUAGUGGUUUUAACUGCAAUAUUUGGUUGUUCAUUAAUUGGGUUUGUUAAGUCUCAAGAAAAAGACAUAAGGAGAAGAAAUUUAGAAAUGGAAGCCGAAGAGGCAACUUAUAGAUCAUUACCAACUUAG